AUGGUACAUCCGUGUUAUUGUGCAUGUACCGUUGAUCUAUUUAGCUCCGUUCCAGGCUCUGUCGUUGCUGCACGGACUGAUGAGACAGCCGAGAAGGUAGUAAUCAAAGUUGAAUGUGGCACCUUGCGCACACUCAAUGAAAAAGCGGCCUACAAUGCCCUGGAGGGUGUCCCCGGUAUCCCUCGAUGCCAUCAAGCGGCCACCAUUCAGAGUCAUGGGAUCAUCGUAUUAGAUCGUCUUGGAGAUAACCUUUAUACGUAUCUGGAAUCCUUCCAGCAAUUCCUUCCCAUUGAAGAAAUCUAUGUAUUGGGACGAGCCCUCGUCAAAAUUUUGCAAGAUAUCCAUGGCCAAGGAGUCAUCCACCGAGAUAUCAAACCUGACAACAUCCUGCUCCCGCUUAACAGGGAGUUGCAACCUUAUUUGGUGGAUUUUGGCCAUGCAAAGCUCUACUGUGACGCAACCGGGAAACACAAGCCGAUAUCCGGUGAGCGCGCUCAUGGCAUGUUGCCAUUUAUGAGCCUCAACGUCCACUCCGAAAUACGUUAUAGCCGGCGGGACGACAUAGUAUCUUUAGCAUAUACACUUAUUUAUUUGGCUCAUGGAUCACUCCCAUGGUAUAGACUUUCUGCCAUACAGUGUAAGCGGAUGAAACCAGGCUUUCGGCUGUCCGACCUGACCCCACCUUUACCUGUUGCACUGGGAUCAUUCCUAGAUUAUGCAACGAACCUCAGGUAA